AUGGAUGCGCCCGAGCCAGAGACGCCCUUCGCGGCUGUGAGCGCGCAGACGACCAGGAUUCAGCAGAUCUACCAGAGCUAUCUCGACAAAGUCACCCCCUUCGUCACAUACCGAUGGGUAGGCACAGGGGUCCUCUUCGCGAUGUUCGCGCUACGCAUCAUCUUCGCGCAGGGAUGGUACAUUGGUAUGGCACACAGCCCAAAUCACGCGGAUAUACGGCGAACAGUCGGACUGAUAUGGGAUCGCACAGUGGCAUACUCCCUCGGCAUCUACAUCCUCAACCUCUUCCUCGCCUUCAUCUCCCCCAAAUUCGACCCCUCCCUCGAAGCAGACACCGACAUGGAAGACGGCGUGCCCGCCGGCCAAGCAUCCUCCUUACCAACCAAGAACGACCAGGAAUUCAAGCCGUUUGUGCGAAGAUUACCGGAAUUCAAGUUCUGGCAUGCGGCGACGCGGGCGUUGACGAUAGCAUUCUUGUGCUGUUGGAGCGAGAUCUUCAACCUGCCGGUGUUCUGGCCGGUGUUGGUGAUUUAUUGGUUGAUUUUGGUAUUUUUGACUAUGAGGAGGCAGAUACAGAGUAUGAUCAAGUAUAGAUACGUUCCGUGGGAUUUCGGCAAGACGAAGUACAGUGCCAAAUGA